ACCCAGAUGGCCGCGCGAUCCCGCGCGCUGUUGCUGGCUCCAGAGGCGUUCGUUGUAUGGCUGGACAGAGGAAAUGCCGUUCGCAAAGCCGCAUGGGCCAGCAUCUCGGGCUCUCUGGGAGAUGCGGGCACGACCAAGCUUUCGCCCCAGAAUGCUGGGGACGCUGGCCGCCUGGAUUUAUCCGGCCCCGACGGACCAAUUAUGCACCAAUCACGUCGCCCUCCGCCGUCGCCGGCACUGCACAACUCCCGAGCGAGGAUUGGUGGACUCGACCUCCUGUCGUCACUUAUUGAAUCCGAAGCUCGACAGCUUUUUUCUUGUUGUUCCAUCGAGCGUCCCAGCUCUCAUGCGCUUCCUCUCAUUCACCAACUCUCCUCCACCUCGGGUGCCCGAAAUAGCGACCGCCUGAACCGUCCCGUCCGCUGCCCGCCCUGA